UGAUCAUGGCAUGACAAUACAAACACCUAUGCCUGCUCCACCAGAGGCGUUGCCUGAGAAAGAGCAGGCCCUGCCACCACGACUCUCAACGGGGGAGGAGGAGAAGAGGAGGAGAUGAAAGAGGGAGGAGGGGCCAUGUGCCCGCCGCCUUGUCACCGACGAAGCAGGAGGCUUGUGGCCACCGCCACACCGCCAGAGGAGGGGACCUGCGAUCUACUAGAUUACGUACCAAAAAGUGGUUGGAGGCAUGGAAGUCGUGUGAGAAGUGCACGGGAGAGAGGAACAUGGUUGAUAAACAUGGAACCAUGCCAAAAACGUGGGCACAGAAGAAACAAUGACCAUUGGACAUCUGAAGAGGUGAAAGAAUUAGUGGAUGGCAUAUCUGCAUAUGGUGCUAGCCAAUGGGCUAAGUUGAAGAACGAAAGGUUUCGAAUAUCAGCUCGAACGGCGGAGCAUCUUAAGGAUAAGUGGAGAAACCUAGUGAAAGCCUUCACGGGAAAUGUGAAAAGAAGGAACUCGCCUCGUCUAGAUAGGGAUUGCAUUGAAAAGAACGAGAGGCUUGCAGCUGAUUACCCUCGAAAAUGAAGCUCCAGUCGCGAAUGCUAGAAGAAACGCCAUAUGGUACUUCUGCUGUAGCAAUGGUCCAGCAACAAUAGUUCUGUUGUUUUUCAAGAACUGCGAAGCAUAGGCUGUCAUAUUAAGUGUGUCGAGAGUAGAGAGUAGAUUGAAUCAUCUGGAUGGAGCAGCUUCUAUCUGCUGCCUAACCGCCCUGUGAAUGGGAAUAGCGCUCGCUCCUCCGACCUGUUGGCUUGCCAGUUUUGCUACAGUGCUGUAAUUAGCUUGACCUUUCAUUUAACACAAUGACACAUUUUGCUGGAAGCUUAUGGUCAUAUGAUAUGAAUGGUGAAUGGAUCUGCACCAGUUACACACAUUGCUUCAAGCAGUCUCACUCGCUCCGCUCGAGGAAUAAUGCAAUUGAUAGCUCGAAUCGAGCACCUGUGACACGCCUCCACCUGAAGAAGCUUGGUGCCGCUGCCUCCAAGCAGCAGGUUUAUUCACCACUCUGCUUGUACCUUGAACAAUCGUGAGGUGCCGGAAU